UAUUCUCAACUAAGGAAUCACUUUAGAACGCACACCGGCGAAAAGCCAUUCCAGUGUCUGAUCUGUGGCAAAGCGUACCCUGCGAAAAAUAGUUUAGAUUAUCAUGUGAAAAUGCACAACAAGGAUCAACAAUAUCAAUGUCCUCACUGUGACAAAGCGUUUUAUGUGAAAGGCAACCUGUAUCAACAUAUGAAAAUUCACAACAAGGAUCAACACCAUCAGUGUCCGCAGUGUCCACAAAAGUUCGCACAGCGUAUUCAACUAACGAAUCACAUUAGGACGCAUACCGGCGAAAAGCCGUUUCAAUGUAAAGUUUGUGGCAAAGCGUUCCAUUCGCUAAACAACUUGUGUACACAUUCGAAAAUGCACAACACGGAUCAACACCAUCAGUGUCCGCACUGUCCACGAAAGUUCGCGUGGACAGGUCCACUUAAGAGUCACAUUGAGAUGCACACCCUUGAGAAGUCGUUCCAGUGUGAGGUCUGUGACAAAGCGUUUCAUGCGAAAACCAUCUUGGAUGAUCAUAUGAACACUCACAACAAGGUUCAACAACAUCAGUGUCCGGAGUGUCCACAAAAUUUCCCUCUGCUAACGCAACUAAAGGAUCACAUUAAGAUGCACACCG